GCAGGCAAUUUCCGCUUCCGCCUUCGUGUCCCGCGGUGGGGUGAGUUGGGCAGGCAGCAGAGCAGUCAGCGGUUGCCCUCAGGGCCGUACCGCCGCCAUGGAGACACUGUACCGCCUGCCCUUCGCCGUGCUCGAGUGCCCCAACAUCAAGCUGAAGCGGCCGAGCUGGGUGCACAUGCCCUCGGCCAUGACGGUGUACGCACUGGUGGUGGUGUCCUAUUUCCUCAUCACCGGAGGGAUUAUCUAUGAUGUGAUUGUGGAACCUCCCAGUGUGGGGUCAAUGACAGACGAACAUGGACAUCAGAGGCCGGUGGCCUUCUUGGCAUACAGAGUGAAUGGGCAAUAUAUUAUGGAAGGGCUCGCAUCCAGCUUCCUCUUCACAAUGGGUGGCCUAGGAUUCAUAAUUCUGGAUCGAUCCAAUGCACCAAAUAUCCCCAAGCUGAACAGGUUUCUUUUACUCUUUAUUGGAUUUGUUAGUGUGCUUUUGAGCUUCUUCAUGGCCAGAGUUUUCAUGAGGAUGAAAUUACCGGGCUACUUGAUGGGUUAGUACCUCUUGAAAUGUGUGAAAGGCCAAUGUGUGAAUUUGCUCCUCUUCAUGAAGUAUUCAAGAAGAAGCAGCAAGAAACAAGUUCCAUAGUCGCUAUCAACAGGGAAGAGACCUGGCCAUGAGAAAGAACCGGGGAAAGAGUGCUUUUUCUGCAAUCAAACUCACUACCAACGGCUGAUUUGUAGUUUUGAAACAGUAUUUUGUCAUUUCUGUUGUAGAGCUUUUGAAAAGAGCAAGUUACCUACCUGGGUUUUUCUUUCAUAUCCCAACUCAGCAUGAAAUAGAGAACCUAUCUUAAGCUCUACCUGAAAUGAGUAGUAGCCAUUGGCUUGGCAGUUGUUUGUUGCAAGUCUGCUCCCUCUUCCCUAUGUGGGACUGUUAUAUGUAUGAGUCAGAGAAGAAACAACUAAAUAAUUUCUUUCUGGGUUAUAAUUAGAAAAUUAGGAACUUUGGAUGCUUUACAGUCAAAAUAAGACAUGUCUGAAGUUAUUGUAAAGGCACCUUUUGCCUUGAUAUUAAUGACUUUAUGUGAGCGAAUCCUGACACUCGCUGGGAAAGGCAAACUGUAUGAAUGUGCAUUUCCUUUUGGAAAAAGUGUACAAAAGGAGUCAAAUAAAACUUAUUUUCUACAAAAU